AUGACAGAAAGAGUCUUUGUUAUUGGUGGUACAGGUAAUAUCGGUGAGCGUGUUGUGCGUCAGUUGUUGGAGAACAAUGUACAGGUGACUUUGUACACGCGAUCGCCAACCAAGGCCCAGGCCAUGUUCCCGAAUGCGACGAUUGUGCAAGGCGAUUAUGAAGAUCUGCAACCUCUUGGACGUGCACUUGAAGGACACACACGGCUCUUCCUCCUCAUUGUCGAUUAUGGGUGCAUGGGUCGUCUCAAGGGAGCAAUUUCAUCGAUGGCUUAUAGAGCUGACAUACGACAAGUGGUGGAUAUCUCAUCUCUUGCAGUGACACUCCCAUGGCGUAGCUCUUUUCUCGGUCAUGCGCAUCGUCAAGGUGAAGAAGCCAUUCUUGCUAAUCCUAACCGCCAAGGCUACUACGUGGCACUACGCCCAUCCAUGUUCAUGUCCAACCACCUGUGGAUUGAUGUGCACACGAUCAAGAAACAAAAUGUGCUACGACAUACAGCAGAGCCUGAUGAAUUGGAAGGAUGGAUUUCGCCAAAUGAUAUCGCUGAUCUUGCUGCUCGAGUGCUUUUGGAACCUAUGGAGAAGCAUGGCGAUGCUGUCUAUGAGAUGAAUGGAUGUGUGUUGACACCCAAAGAACGUGCAGCAGCUUUCAGCAGAGUCCUUGGACGUGAAAUCACCUAUGAACAAAUCACCCCUCAAGAAAAGUACAAUUUUAUGACGCAAACAAUGGGUAUACCUCAUCUAAUGGCAUUGGAUCUCGUGGCGUUAUUCAAAGGUGUCAACAAACAAUCCAUGUGUCUUCCCAUUCUACUUGGCAAAGAACCCGAAUCAUUUGAAGAGUACUUGAAGCAACAUAAGAAUGUAUUUGAAUAG